GCCUCCCGCGUGGCCAUUCGCUUCAGGGAGCCGGGCAUCCGAAUGUGCGGGGACCUCCGCACCGCCGUCGCCCAAGGCGCCCUCGCAGUCGGGUGCUACUGUCUUCUGGUCGGAUUUAUCUACCUGAAUAAGACAUUGGGAUUCGAACGUUGGAAUGUUGACUAUAUUGUGGACACAAGUUGGAUGAUAGCUUGUAUAAUAGCUACAAUGAAUGCAGCUCUUUACUACGCAUGCAAGAAUCUGAAAAAUGAUAGACACCUGGAAUAUAUUAUGUGUGCUACAAUGUCAUUGUAUCUGGUAGAUGUGCCGUUCUCUAUUCUCUACUACAUGGCUGGAGUUGUGACUUCACCUGAAGGGUUUAAACCCCUCUGGCUGACGAUCCGUAUUGCCCUUAGCAUCGUCCACUUGUGUCUGCUGUACUGCCUCUUGGUGGAACUCCACGAGAGCAUGGAUCCUUCUCCAAUUCCUCUACUGCAGCCCAACGCCGCUCACUGCGGUGCUGUGGCCUCCGACCAAGUGCCCAAAGAAGAAAAUGCACAGCGCGGCACCUCGCCCCUCCCUCGCAACCACCGGACAAACCACCAAACUGUGUUCUGCGUGGGGAAACAGAGCUACCUCAGAUAGAGCGAUGAGGAGAAGACUCAACUGUUGUACAAAAGACACAACGGUAUGAAUUAAACACUCCAAGAAUCGGGUUAAACAAAACGAUUCCGACGGGCAAGUGCAUUACACAACAACAUAUAUGUUGAGAAGGCUCUAAAAUUAUUCAUUCAGGUUAACUGGUAUUACUUAAGAGUGGAUCCGUGAUCGGCUGAAGAAAAGUUCAGGCGGAAACGUUGUAGAGAGUCUUCCUAACGUAAAAGAUCACAGCGUAUGAACUUUCAAGUUUCAAUUGCAUUCUUCCCUAUCCUCUACAUUCCCAUUUCAUUAAUUUAUUUUGAAAUAUCCUACUACAUUAUCAGUAUAAUGAAUAGAAGUUUAUACUUACGAUAUAAGUGUCGUAAAUCUGAUUGCAAUACGAGAUUGGAAAAUUACAAUAUGAGGCCAGAAGCCAAGUUUGCUAAGCAAUUAAGUAUUGUAGUCAGUAAAGUAAGGAUUUUCGUGGGGUAAAAAACUAAAACGUGCAUUUAAAAUACUAAACCGUGCAAAAACAUACAAUAAAAGAUCAAAACUUUCCAAAACGGUGCUACGUAGUCUAAAAAGUUACAGAAGUUAUAUUUUAAAUGUGUUAUUUAAGGUGAAUGAAAUACUUUUACUAAUUUUAGUGUUUCAUUAUAAUUAGGAUAGCACAUAUUGUUUAAACAACCCGCAUUUAUUAUUUGAAAUAUUAUUCGCAAACAAAAUUAAAUUAACAUAAAAAUACAAAAAAGUUAACACAAAAAUUGAAAAAUAUAAAUAUAAAUGUACCUUCAGAAAUCAAAAAUAAUGUUACAAAAAAUGUUUUAAUUAUUUUCACUAUAAUC